AUUCAUCCUUCCACUGUCCCGGAUAAAGAAAAAGGUACCAACUUCAUACGACUCUUCUCCAGAAAAGAAAUUUACCAAAAACCGGAAGAAAUUUUUUUUAAAAAAAAGGUUGGUGCAGCUACGAAUAAGUAGUCUUGACUUCUCAGAGUUUAUUGGAUUGAAGGCUAGGAGAAGAAUGGCGGCUAAAAGGGUCUCAUCGCUUCUGCUCUCUCGUUCUUUUACAUCUUCUCUUGCUUCCCGGCUAACCGGAGGAAAAAGUGCUUGCCAAGCAAGAGCAAUUUCUCGGUAUAGCACUGCUGCUGCUCUCGAGGAGCCAAUUAAGCCACCGGUUAAUGUGGAAUACACUAAGCUUCUCAUUAAUGGUCAAUUUGUUGAUGCAGCCUCAGGGAAGACAUUUCCAACUCUGGACCCUAGAACAGGGGAAGUGAUUGCGCAUGUUGCUGAAGGUGAUGCAGAAGAUGUCAACAGAGCUGUGGCUGCUGCUCGCAAGGCUUUUGAUGAAGGACCCUGGCCCAGGCUGACUGCUUAUGACCGGCAAAGAAUAUUGCUACGCUUCGCUGAUUUAGUUGAGAAGCAUAACGACGAAAUUGCAGCACUAGAGACUUGGGAUAAUGGCAAGCCAUAUGAACAAGCAGCUAAAAUUGAAGUUCCUAUGUUUGUGCGCCUCAUGCGAUAUUAUGCUGGUUGGGCCGACAAGAUUCAUGGGAUGACCGUUCCUGCUGAUGGACCUUAUCAUGUUCAAACUCUGCACGAACCCAUUGGUGUUGCUGGACAAAUUAUUCCGUGGAACUUCCCUCUCCUAAUGUAUGCUUGGAAGGUUGGGCCUGCAUUAGCAUGUGGCAACACCGUUGUGCUUAAGACAGCAGAGCAGACACCAUUAUCUGCUCUAUAUGUGACAAAGCUGUUGCAUGAGGCUGGGCUUCCAUCAGGUGUUCUGAAUGUGGUGUCUGGCUUUGGUCCAACAGCUGGCGCAGCUCUUUGCAGCCAUAUGGAUGUGGACAAGCUUGCCUUCACUGGAUCAACAGAAACUGGAAAGAUUAUUCUUGAAUUGUCUGCUAGAAGCAACCUUAAGCCAGUGACUUUGGAACUUGGAGGCAAAUCUCCUUUUAUUGUUUGUGAGGAUGCUGAUGUGGACAAUGCUGUCGAGCUAGCCCACUUUGCACUUUUCUUUAACCAGGGACAAUGUUGCUGUGCUGGCUCCCGCACAUAUGUUCAUGAACGUGUUUAUGAUGAAUUUGUGGAGAAAGCCACUGCACGUGCAUUGAAACGCAGUGUUGGAGAUCCAUUCAGGCAAGAAAUAGAACAAGGUCCUCAGGUUGACUCAGAACAGUUUGAGAAAAUUUUGAGAUAUAUUAGAGCUGGAGUCGAUAGCGGUGCUACCCUUGAAACUGGAGGUGACAGACUGGGUGAAAAGGGGUACUACAUUAAGCCUACUGUUUUCUCUAAUGUUCAGGAUGACAUGCUGAUUGCUAAGGAAGAGAUUUUUGGUCCUGUUCAAACAAUCCUGAAAUAUAAGGAUCUUGAUGAAGUGACAAGGAGGGCAAAUAGCAGUCGAUAUGGUCUGGCUGCGGGGGUCUUUACGCAGAAUCUUGACACGGCCAACACACUGAUGCGAGCAUUGAGAGCUGGGACAGUAUGGAUCAAUUGCUUUGAUACAUUUGAUGCAGCAAUUCCUUUUGGUGGGUACAAGAUGAGCGGGCAGGGAAGAGAAAAGGGUGAAUACAGUCUCAAGAACUACUUGCAAGUGAAGGCUGUCGUUACUCCAUUGAAGAAUCCAGCAUGGUUGUGAAAUCCUUCUCGUUUGUUUUCUGUUUCUUGGGGGGAGAAAAAAAGUAAAUAAACGGGGGCCAUCCAAAUCUUGGCGCGCAAGUGCAAUGUGGUUGAUAAUGAUGAUAGUAUCUUAGGUUGCUAUUAGCGCUUGAGACAUUUGACUAUUGGUUCUUUCUCUUGGACGGAAAGUUUGAGUUGAAGUUUUACUCCGUUUUCAAAUCUUUUAA